CCAUUUGGAACCAAACAUCCGACCACGCGAGCGCCGCACCAUCCUGUGCAAUGGGGGGCUCGCGGCGGGCCUUGGCUGUGGCAAUGGCGUUGCUUGGCCUGAUGCAGGCGUGUUAUGUAUCAGGGCGCUCCAAGCCAGUUCAAGCCUGGCCGAGACGCACUCUGUGCUUAACUACGGGAAUCUCCAUAUGGCAGAGCCCCGCAUGGGCGCAGUCAGCCGAGCAGCAGAUGAUUGUGGACGACACCAACCUGCUCGCGCCAUCCACAGAGAAAUCCCUGGAUCGGAUUCUGCGAAAGUUACAAGCAGACACGGGCCUGAAACUCCGUGUUGUUUGUCCGCCUACUGGCAUUCAAGACAACCGAGAUGAAUUUAGAGCCUAUUUAAAGCCAAUCAGCAAGACAUUGGGUGCAGAUACCUCGAGUGUGGUGCUGGUAGCAGAGGAACGCUUCGAGAAGCGGUUCGGCCGGCCCUUGCCGCUGAUGACUCUGCAAGCAGGCUUUCGAUUGCAAGAGCGCUUUCAGUAUCGCUUGACCAAUGACUUCCUCCUGGCGGUGGCGGACAAGUUCGGCUUUCCGGGCACCGUAAGCCAGAUUGGAUCAGACUUGGCAAUCGAACGAGCCACUAAGAAUGUGGCAGCAGCAUUGUUUGCAUUGAGCGAGGAUCCCAAAUCCUCGUUUUUGCAGCCACUUUCCGAUGACCUGGUAGCUUCCACCCUGCAGCGCCAUGGUGUGUAAAGCGCUGGUAUAUGUGAAGCAGAAUUUGCACCAGCUGCGCGUAUGUGCUGCUUUGGUCUGUGCUCGAUGCAUCAACACGACGUGAAUGCCAAAGAACAGGAAUCGCCUCACCGGAAGUGUACAGCAAGGGUCAAUCAAUAUUCAC